AAAAGGCAAACAGAUAGACACUUAAUACACACACAGAAGCGCGCACACAAACAAGUAGAGAAAGUGAUGAAAAGGGGCUUUAUUUUUAGAGUUCCGUAGCUAACCAUUUUUUUUUCCGAUUCUCUUUCUCUCCAGGACUUCAUCAUAAUCACAGGAAUCUUGUUUCUGAUCUUGAAAAUUGCUGCAGGAAAAUUUGAUUAGAAAAGUAAUUUUCUAGGAUUCUGUUGGUAUGAUUGGUGGAGUAGUUAUUCAAAUUUCGGUUCACAAGUGAAACCUUGUAAGGUCCGGGAAGUGUGGGACUAUUGAUAAUCUGGAAAUAAUAAAAUGGAGAAAAUUUGUGAAUUCUGCACAGCCUUGAGGCCAGUAGUUUACUGUGAGGCUGAUGCGGCAUAUCUUUGCCUUUCCUGUGACGCAAAGGUUCAUUCAGCUAAUGCACUCUCCAACCGACAUCUGCGUACCCUCCUAUGUGACUCCUGCAGAAAUCGCCCAGCUUAUGCUAGGUGUUUGGAUCACUGGAUUUUUGUGUGUCGUGUCUGUGACUGGAGCAUUCAUGGAGUCUCUUCCCAGCAUCAGAAAAGGAGUGUAUGUAGCUACAUGGGAUGCCCCUCUGCUAAAGAUUUUGCGGCAUUGUGGGGUUUUGAAUUGGAUGAGCUGGAUAAAAGUGCUAUUCGAGAUCAGUUAAUUUCUGCUCCAUCUGAUUCUGUGCAACCUAGUGUGGCAGUCUUUAGCAUUCCCAGAGAAUCUUGCCAGCAAAUUGGAAGCUCUUCAAGAACAUCUAAGGUGAAUUAUUCAACUCUGGCCUCUGGCACACAAUCUGAAGUGGGAUUAAGCAGCAAACAAGCUGAGAAAUCAGGCAAAGGUCAACAACCGCAAAAUAAUGGCUUUAUUCUGCAACAGAUCCUUGAUUUGAAAAGGCUUCAGCUGACUGAGAUGGAUAACAGUUCACUGGUGAUUUGUGGUCGAGAAGACGUGGAUGUAUCUUCUUCAAUAUUUGAAACCUUGGAGAAGUUGGAUGACAGUGUUGAUCAACAUUCUCAAGAUCCUGGUAACAGUAGCUAUCCACUUCAGGACCUAAAGGUGGACUCUUUGCCUUUGUCAUUUUCUCAACCAGGGCCUUUGCCCUUGCCUUCCACUGUUGCAAAUCCUGUACUUGGAGAAUCCUUUUGGCAAUGCAAAAGCCCAGUACAAAGUAGCCAGUUGUGGUCUCAAAAUAUGCAAGACCUUGGGGUCUGUGAAGACAUUGUUUCUCAUGAUGAUUUUAACAUACCUGAUGUUGACAUAACAUUUCGCAACUUUGAGGAGCUGUUUGGAGCUGAGCAGGAUCCAAUCAGGGCUCUGCUUGAUGAUGAAGAUAAACCAUGCUACACUGUGCAGGAAACGUCCUCCCUUGAUACAUCACACAACAGAAAUGCAAGAACAAAGGAGGUUUAUGACUUACUGGGAAGUCUGUAUUCCUCUGGGACAAUUCGGCCAUCUUAUUCAGCAAUGUCAUUCUCUCUUUCAAGGCUUAGCACUGAAGGCAGUGGCACUGAAUAUCUUGAUAGUGAACUUUCACCGUGUAUAACAGGGGCUGAAGUUUCAUGUCAUUCACCUGACGUUGAGGGUGCACAUUCCGACAACAAAGGAAAUGCAAUGACAACGUACAAAGUGAAGCAAAAGGCUCGAGUGCAUCAGGUGUUGCACUAGUGUACAGAAACUAGUUGACCAAGUAUUCGGUUAUCAAAUUUGGGAAUACAUGCAGAGGAAGCAACACUGACUUAUAAGUUUAUGUUUCAUUUUCAAGUUGGUUAUUGAAGAAGGAAUUAGAAGAACAGACGUCUAAGUCUUAUACCAUGAACAGCUUUAGAUCAAAAGUGGACCUAUCACCUGUGACUCAUCAGAAACGCCUUAGCCUCUCAUCUGACUGUCGGUACUUCAUCAAUGGUGUCUGGAUAACUAGCUUCAAUUACCGAACAAGAAAAUAAACUUCCGGCUUUUAGCUAUGAUGAUACUUAGAAACAGCUACAUGUUGGAAUCAAGAUAAGUGGCAUGAACAAACUGGAACAAAAAUAAUAAACCUAUAUUUACGUUUCCUUUGUAACAGAAAAAUACACUGUAUUUUUAGUGGAAAGAUUGAGAGAAUAUAGACUCAAACCUAGUUAUUCCA